UGUUACAUACAUGAUUGAUGCCUAUUAUAUGCAGAUUCUAUGUUUGUGAAUUUUCCUGUUUUCUAAAACUUACCUGUAACCAGAAUCGGUACUCGUGUUACUUGCUGACAUGAGCAGAGUGGCAAAGAAUUGGACUUGGCGGCGGCAGUGUGUUCCCAGCUGAGGGCAAGCAGGUGACACUGCCUGAUAAUUCUGGCUCUCAUCUGGUGAACGAGUAUCCUUGUCAUUGUCUGCGUCCUGCCACAUUCUUCACAGUUGCUUCUUUUUGUUGGUGAUUUCACCUGUCCACGUGGUCCCCAUAUGCAGUGCUGAAGUGUUCCUGCUGCAGGGGGCCGUGAUGUGCCCUGCGGAGAAAAUGUAUGUGAAGGAAGCUUCUUUUAGACAUGAGUUAAGUGUUGUGGGCCGAGAUUUCAGUGUUAAUGGAUCAAUAAUGUAUAAGAAAUAAGGUUUUUUUUAUAUACAAGGUUAUAUGUUGAUUCUUUGACAAAUACGUUGUGACCAGAGGCUCCUACGAAUCUCAUCUCCUACUUCCCCUGAGAGGAGUGGCUCGUUAUUCGCUACUUCAGGCUAAUUCAGUGUUCACAGCGACAUUACAAGACAGGACUACUACGACAAUGAGACUGGGCUGUACCUGUAAUCGUCGCUGUUACCUGUUAGAGCGAAGACUCUGACCCUCAGUGCUUAGCACAGGGCCUGACGUAGUCAAGGUUCUCAGUAAAUACUUGAUAAGAUGAAUGGAUGUUUACUUACUGGUCUGGGAUAAAAGUGAAAGUGGGGACUGGCACUGCACGGCGAGCUGGAAGACACAUAGUGGAUCUGUGUGGCGUGUGACAUGGGCCCAUCCUGAAUUUGGACAGGUUUUGGCCUCCUGUUCUUUUGACCGGACAGCUGCCGUAUGGGAAGAAAUAGUAGGAGAGUCGAAUGACAAACUGCGGGGACAGAGCCACUGGGUGAAGAGGACAACUCUAGUGGACAGUAGAACGUCUGUUACCGAUGUGAAAUUCGCGCCUAAGCACAUGGGCCUCAUGUUAGCGACCUGCUCAGCGGAUGGUAUUGUGAGGGUGUACGAGGCGCCAGAUGUCAUGAACCUCAGCCAGUGGUCCCUGCAGCACGAGAUCUCUUGCAAGCUGAGCUGCAGUUGUAUUUCUUGGAACCCUUCAAGCUCUCGUGCUCACCCCCCCAUGAUAGCGGUUGGAAGUGAUGACAGCAGCCCCAACGCAAUGGCCAAGGCUCAGAUCUUUGAGUAUAAUGAGAACACCAGGAAAUAUGCAAAAGCUGAAACCCUUAUGACAGUCACAGACCCUGUGCAUGACAUUGCAUUUGCUCCUAACUUGGGAAGGUCUUUCCACAUUCUCGCCAUAGCAACCAAAGACGUGAGGAUUUUUACAUUAAAGCCUGUGAGCAGGAAAGAACUUACAUCCUCCGGUGGGCCGACAAAAUUUGAAAUCCAUAUAGUGGCUCAGUUUGAUAAUCAUAAUUCUCAGGUCUGGCGAGUGAGUUGGAAUAUAACAGGAACAGUGCUGGCGUCCUCAGGAGACGACGGCUGUGUGAGACUGUGGAAAGCUAAUUACAUGGACAAUUGGAAGUGUACUGGGAUCCUCAAAGGUAACGGGAGCCCGGUCAGUGGGAGUUCUCAGCAGGGAAGCUCAAAUCCUCCCCUAGGGUCCAAUGUCCCAAAUCUUCAAAAUUCAUUAAAUGGAUCUUCUGCUGGCAGAAAGCACAGCUGAGUCCCAGCUAACUGGAGUAACUUGCUGUUUUGCUGCUUGUUGCAUGCACACAGGAAUGGGACGCGAGCUCCUUUCCCCCUUCCCCAGCGCCGUUUGACCUCUCCCAAGAUACACCAGCAGCCUGCUUCCUACUAAACGCAAUCCAAAAGGCCUUUAAAAAUACAGUGUACAUCUUUUUUUUUUUUUUUUUGACUAGCCCGUUUAUUGACACUACUUGAAAUUUUCAAAUUAUAAACGGAGAGGCUUUUUGUUGAGACACUGUCACCAAAACAAUUUUUUGAAAUGUUUCUGAAACUAACGUGGGUUUUAAAAUGAAAGGAUGUUACUACUAUCUUUAUUAGUCGUUGGGAGGAGGGAAGAUACCACUUUAUUCCACCUGAAAAAUAUAUUCAGGCUUCUGUCUUUUAUUGUCUAAAACAAGCUAAAAUGAAUUUCUAUAAUUUGAAGAUUGAAUAAAUAUUUUUCAUAAA